AGGGCGGAGAGUUGGCCGCUAACUCUGUAACAUAAGUAAGAAACAGUGAGCAGCCAGACUGGGAAACUCGUUUUACCGAAACCAAAGAGAAGAGAAGCGAUAUUAACGCGGCCCUGACGGGAGAGCAGAAGGGCAGCACUGAAGUGAACCGUGACCGGGAAUCCGGUGUUGUCGGGAUGAGGCGCAUGGGCGUGUAUAUAAGGGGGCCUGUUGCUUUCCUGCUACAAGUGCGCGUUCAUUGAGUGUUCCCGGUAGACACAGCUGCAGGUCCAAUGGCAGCUAGGCGGACUAGAGGCAUGACCGGCUCGGAUCUGAACAGGACCACCGUGGCCCGGGCUACGGCCAUAGCAGAGCAGCUGCACUAUGAGUGCUCCAUCUUACUGCAACUUUAUAGAGAGAAGGAGAGUUUCACUGCAGAUGUUACUGUGACCGACGGUCGCCUGGUGUCCGUCCCUCCUCCUUCCUCCCAGCUGGACACAAGGGACAAGCUCUGGUGUCUCCACUCUGCUCUGCUACAGUGCCGCAGCCUGCUGGAGAGAGCCGUUGCUAAAGAGGAAGAGGAGCUGGGUGGCGGGAAGAACAGUAGUUAUGAGACCCAGAGGAAGAUGGUGAAGGACAGGCUGUCGUAUCUCUUAAUUAACACUAGAGAACUCCUCAAAAUUGCUGACGGCACGGCGGUCCUGACUCCCAGCUCGGAGGGGUUAGAGUUAGACGGUCCGACCCUUCUGUUUGAGCUGAAGCUUUGGGUCUACCGGAUCUUCGAAGAGGUGGAUUACUGGACCAAGACGGCCAUCACCACCUUGCAAGCCCUGCCCACGGGGAUAGUGAGGACCGCGCGAGUCAGGAGCACGAGAAGCGCUCGGAGAUGAGAUGGAGCGUGUGUGGGCGAAGAGGGACUAAUCAGACAGAAAAGAGGUUAGGGAGAGGGAGAAAGGGGUGAGUGGAGGAAUCAGAAGAUGAAGCAGGCUGUUCAGCCAGGGGCCAAAGUGAGAAACUAACAUAUAUGGUGUGAAAAAGAAAGAUAUGAGUGAAAAUAGCCAGCUGAGAGAGACACUCAGAUCCCUACUGAGACAGGGAGAUGAAGGGGUUGGGUUAUUUUUAGGCAGAGAAGCCCCCUUUUACUUGAACAAAGGCCUUAAACAGAGAGGAAACAAGAGACAAUAACCAUCACAGCUAAAUGCAACAUUGUUGGAACAAGUUUAUUUUAAAUAUGGUAGAGUCUAUUACAACUUUCAUAUUUAUUUUUCAGCUUGUAAGAUACAAUCUGAUCUAUACCUGGAUUCAGAGAUAAUAUAGAGUUUCUUUCUCUCUUUCUUUCUUUCUUUCUUUCUUUCUUUCUUUCUCUCUUUCUUUUGCACUUUUGUAUUUGGGAAAAUAACAGCAUUAACAUUAUUAACAGCAACUCAAAAUGCAUGAAAAUGUUGUUUUCUCACCUUAUAACAUCAACGUGGUGUCCCUCAUGCAUGCAGUCCUUCGAUACAGCUGUAGUUAUUAUUUAAGAUUUACUGCCAGGAUCCACUGCAGCUGACGGAGGAAGCAGUCAGCAAGGGGCACAUUCAGAUUAAAAUGAGAACAUUAGAAUUCACGCCAUCACCAGAGUGUAGCUCUGAUGUGCAUAGUUUUGAAUACCGUGAUUAUAAAUCAUUCCACAUAGGUUUGUAUCUGGGGAUGUUCAGUGUGUAAAGGGAAACAAUAUGUGUAACAGCACCCUCUAGUGUUUACAUGGAUGGAUUCCUUUUUUCUUUCUUGAUUUUCCUUAGAAGUGUUUAUGUCAAAUUGUCCUUGGUUUUUAUAGUUUCGUUAUGUUUGAGGGCAAAAGUUUGAAGUGUGGUACAACCGCAGCAUCAAACACUCCACACUGAUAAGCAUGCAAAUGGGCACAUAAGCAGGGAGUGAAGUGGAAAUAAAGUGGAAAUAGUAGCAGUCUGCAAACCUCAGUGAUAAAGCAAAUAUACAUUCUAAUGAAAAUAAAAGUCCAC